GAUCGGUUCGAUGAGCCGGGGGCGCAGCUGCUGCGGAGCGGCAGACAUUGGGUCUGUGCCCACUGUCUUCCCCCUCCCCGUCUUCCUCCCUGCUUCCGGCUCCUCCCCCCGCCCACCCAGCACAGCCGGCCCUGGAGAGCUGCUCCGAGCUCCCCGGGAGCCACAGGUGGUGAAAUCUUAUUCUCCUGGGAAGUAGAAGACUACUUCGUGGGUAAAAAAUUAUGCCCCCCAAGUUCAAACGCCACCUAAAUGACGAUGAUGUCACUGGUUCUGUGAAAAGUGAAAGGAGAAAUCUUUUGGAAGAUGAUUCAGAUGAAGAAGAGGACUUUUUUCUGGGACCAUCUGGACCAAGAUUUGGACCUAGAAAUGAUAAAAUUAAGCAUGUUCAGAAUCAGGUGGAUGAAGUUAUUGAUGUUAUGCAAGAAAAUAUUACAAAGGUAAUUGAAAGAGGGGAGAGACUAGAUGAACUACAGGACAAAUCAGAAAGCUUAUCGGAUAAUGCAACUGCUUUUAGCAACAGAUCCAAACAGCUUCGAAGGCAAAUGUGGUGGCGUGGAUGCAAAAUAAAAGCCAUUAUGGCUUUGGUUGCUGCCAUCCUUUUGCUAGUGAUUAUCAUUCUUAUAGUUGUGAAAUACCGUACUUGAUUUGAUGACAGAAAUCUUCAUCAAACAAGAUCUGGGACAAUAAUAAUAAUAAAAGAUUGCUGCAUAAUUUAAAUGAAACCUAUGUAUAUACUGUCAAAACUUCUUUUUUAAGAAACUAAAAGGCAAGUAUCACUGCAAAUUGGAUCACUGAGAAUGCCAGUUAUCUUAUUCCCUUCUAAUAAAACAUGCUUUUAGUAAUUUGGUUGAAGGCAAAAAUAACUAGCCUCUAUGUUACCAUAUUCCAAGGCUCUAAUUUGAAAGUAGAUACUUGCCAGCUCAUUAUUUAUGUAUAUAAACACUGUUGAUGAUAUUUCAUACUGCUAUUUUAAUGGCGUCAGAACUUGAAUUACUGCCUCAAGGUGGGAGUCAGCCUAUGUAGAAUACCGAAUCACUCUACUUAAAGAGAUGCAGAGUCAUCCUGCCAGUCUUUGCAGGAUUAUUCUUCUCACAUUACAGCUGCUUUGCAUUCAGUUUCCACAUGUUUAUGGCUGUAACAAAAGCUAACUGUUGUAAAUGUUGCUGCCUUCAGCUAUAACUAAAAA